AACCAACACAGACCUUGACCCCCGAGUCCAUUUUCGAGCGCUUUACCCUCUCCGACUCCGGCCUCCUGCGAUAUAACUACGUGGCCUUCCGCCAUCCAAGGCGUCUUCUCUCUAUAUCCGCCCCGUCCCCGGCGAGAGCGCGAGCGAGCAAGGGCGACGAACACUUCUCCGCCCUCGCGUCCCCUGCGAACCGUACGAUCCCCACCACCAAACCCUAGCCGUCCUCCGAUUUCCAGAGAUUGCCCCGCCCUCGCUCCCGCCAGCUAUUGGUGCUGACGGUUGUCAGAGAUCUGGAAUUUCCAUCGACUUUGAAGAGCAACGACUUCCUUGAGGCAGAUAUUGCUGUAAAAUGGCGAGAAGUGCCAGGGGCCGUUGCAGACUUUCAUCUCGUCAGCUUAGAUGGACUCCAUAUCCUGUACCUUCACAUUGCUGGAAGAUUCCAGAAAAAGAAGGCAGCUCUAAGAAAACACCUUUGGCAUUGGAGAAAAGGGACUGGGAAGAUGCCACCUGCUCGGUUUGCAUGGAAUACCCACAUAAUGCUGUUCUUCUCCUCUGCUCAUCCCAUGACAAGGGUUGCCGCCCCUACAUGUGUGGAACCAGCUACCGUCACUCUAACUGCCUAGAUCAGUUCAAGAAGGCAUACACUAAAGUGAAACCCACUCACGAUGAGUCCACAGUGGACAGCCAGGGCCUUGGUUUCGCUAUGUCUGGCUGGUCUGCAAGUCAGAAAUCUGAGGUGAUGGAGCUUGCAUGCCCCUUAUGCCGUGGACAGGUGAAGGGAUGGACUGUGGUAGAAGCUGCACGUGAAUAUCUCAAUAACAAGAAGAGAAGCUGCAUGCAGGACAAUUGCUCAUUCAUGGGAACAUACAAAGAGCUCCACAAGCAUGUGAGGUCUGAGCACCCUUCUGCAAAGCCUCGCAAGGUAGAUCCUGUGCUUGAGCAGAAGUGGAGAACACUUGAGCUUGAGAGGGAGCGGGAAGAUGUGAUCAGUACAAUAAGGUCAUCAAUGCCAAGGGCGGUGGUGUUUGGAGACUAUGUGAUAGAUGUGAAUAAUAGUGACCUUGAACCUGAUCAUGAGCCUGGUGAUGCGGAUGGGGACUACGGGGGGAGUCGUGACAUCAGUAGAAGUAUCCUUUAUUUUUUGUUGAGAGAGGGUACACGCCUAAUGAGACUCAACAGGGAAAAUGUGUUAUCAGAGGGCGGGGAGGGUGGUGUUUAUGCUUCUUCCCUGAAUGGUGGUGGUGCAGAUAUUUUUGCUACUUAUUCAUCAGAAGGCGAUGAUGUCAUAAGCCAUGGGAGAGGCACUGGUACGCUGGGAUCUGAGAGGCGGAGGCGACGGCGACGGCGCCGUAGAAGCCGUGAUAGAUCAGUGUUUGGUGCAAGCUGAAACAGAAACCUAUGGUCAUCAGCUAUUAGGAACUUGAAAAUGGAGGGUGGAGAAGUUGAUUUGCAAUACCUGGUUGCCAGAUGUUUGUGAAUUUCUUCAUUAAUUUACUGAUUUUGGAUCAUGUAACAGAUGAGUGAAAGGUUGCCUUUAUCUUAGAGUUUGUGAAGAAAUAAGAUCAAUACAUGUCUCAUGUGUCUCUUGUAGUGUAUAUAGAUGCACCUUCGCAUGCUUCAUUGGUAACGUGGAAUUAUUAGUUGA